CGACGAGAUGGCGCGUCUCGAAGAAGACUUUCUGUCGACGCUUCUCAUUCCCGGGUCUCUUGAGCGAAGACGCUGUGUCCUCGUCCAUGUCGGCAGAUGGAGUUCUUACUGUCACUGUUCCAAAGAAGAGUUCCUUGACAAACAACAAGGAGGGCCAAACUAUCAAAAUCACUGCCUCGCACAAAAAGUCUGCAGAUGCUACAAAGACUCACACGAACAUCACCAACAACGUCGAAACGAAACAAGUUAGUGUCGAAGGAAAAACAUCAAAAUCGUCUGGAGUGAAAGUGGAAGAGGAUCAGACUCAGUCGACGGAGUCUCAGAACACGCAGGACUCGAGCGACUCGACGCAGGCCAACCCACUUGCUUCGUUCCACCUUCUUCCCAUUUCGGAAAGAGGGCCUUUCUUCCGCGAUUCCUUCUUCCAGGACACUCGAAAGCAAUUCCAAGAAGCCGUCGACCAAGUCCUCAAAGAGUGGGGACAAGUGGACUCUGCGAGCGACCACAUGAACAUGUACAGGAACUUGCGAAAGCAGAACUUGCAGGAAGAGAACCAAGCCGUCGCCUUCAGCGAGGACCACCAGUGUUAUAAGAUUGUGGUGGAUGCACAAGACUUCAAGGAAGGCGACGUCAAGGUCAAGGUGGUGGACGAGAAUGAGCUAACAAUCGAAGGCAAUUUGGAGGUCAAGCGAGACGAUUCCGUGUCCAGCAAGAGUUUCUUCCGCCGUUUCUGCUUCCCAGGACUCGUGAGCGCCGACACCGUGACGUCCGGGAUGUCAUCUGACGGCAUCCUCACUGUUACUGUACCAAAGACAACAUCGGGAUCGAAGGCCAGUGCGGUUUCUGAAGCGUCAAAAUCUCAGGUUUCCCAGACUUCAUCUCAAAACACAGAAGAAAAACAAACUCUCACAAAGGUAUCCAAAUCAGAACAGCAAAGUUUUCGUUCCGAGUAUCAGAAUACAUCUACCAGAAGGACUGAAGCGACAUCGUCACUCGCAAACAAAAUUACAAGUGAGGAAAACCAAGAAGGCGCCAAUAGUAGAAUCUGUGAAAGCGGAAGCUCUUCUAGAAAGCACACAGUCAAGCAAGGACGCAGUGGACGACCAGUGGCUUCCCAUCUCCUCGAAGGGUCAGUUCUUCUCUGAUUCCUUCUUCGAAGACGUCCGUAAGGACUUCGAAACGGCUGUCAAUGAAGUCCUCAGCAGGCAUGACAUCAUGAGGAGUGCCAACGACGAACUCUCCUGCUACCGAAGUCUCCGGGAACGUGAGCUCAAGGAUGAGACUCAGGCG